CCGCGGCGGCCGGUGAGGCGCCGGCCCCGCCGACCGCCUCGGGUCGACGGGCCAGCCAGGCCGGGACGCACGGCCAACAUGUCCUUGCUCAGCGUUACAGUAAAAAAGGCGCGCUAUGUUGGUAUACAAGCAACACAGUACAACACAUACGUGACACUUAAGCUGCAGAAUGUCAAGUCGACAACGGUGACAGUUAAGGGUCCGACUCCUUCCUGGGAGCAAGACUUCCUUUUUGAAAUAAACGAUAUCAACUUGGGCCUCCUCGUGGAGGUGUGGAAUAAGGGCGUCAUCUGGGACCAAGCGCUCGGUUACCACUACCUGCCGCUUACUUCAGUCGCUUAUAACGAGCAGGAGUGCGGAGGACGGUGGAUCGAAUUGGAGGCGCAAUUGAUGAUGCGCGGUGGCGCGGUUGUUGGUACCACCGGCCCCACCGGCCAUGCGUUGCUCCUCGACUGCAGAUUCGAACAGCCUUUUGAUGCAGAAGGCACGGCCGGCGCGGACCUACAGCGCAAACUAGACUUGUUGAACGGCACGCUCGCGCUCGACGCCGAGCGUGCCGAGCAGGCUCGCCGGCAGAUGCAGUACAUAGCGCACUCGGGAUAUUCGGAGGACUCCGACUAUACGUCGGACUUGAACUAUCCAGUGGGACAGCACGCGAACUGCAGCGCAUCGCAAUUCCGGAGCGCGGCACACCAGAUGCACACGCCACAGAGAUCGUUAGAAGUGUCGAGAGAGAAUUCGUACGAGCGCGAAGAGUAUCACAUACACGGCGAUACUGAUCCGCUCUACUACAAUAGCCAGCCUAGAACUAAUAGGAUAGAAACGUGGUCGCAACUCCACGCGCAGGCAAGUGUAGAGUCAGCCGUAUCGUGGAGAACAGCGGCAGAUUGGCAGUCUGGAGAAGAACAAAGACGGCCAAGUCUGGAACGGCAGAACACUUUGUACGACGACGGGAUGGGCUUCGGGUACGACAGCUACACAACUAGUACGCACAUUAGGGACCACUCACAUUUAUCACAACAACAUAGUUACGAGGAGUACUUCGACUCUAGCAACUUUGCUUAUCAGACGUCGUACGUUGGCGAUGACACAAGGCAGUGGGACAGCAGGGGGCAAUACUUCUUUGACGACGGUUAUGGCCUCACGCCGACUGAAUAUGAGAAUAUUAUUAAUAAAAGACGAUCGUCUGUUGUGCAGUUACCUCAGAUUCCGUCUAAACAGCGGCCGCCGUCAUCUCGUUACUCGGAUCACAAUGAGAUGACGCCAUAUAGACCGCGGCCGGGACGUACAGCUGCUAGCCUUCCAGCCACGCCUUCAUCAACACCAAAGCGCGGGCGAGUGCUGCCUCAGCCGCCGGGCAGCGAGUCGGGCUCGAUACGCAGCGGGCGCGGGCGCCGCCUGCCUCGCGCUCCGUAUCCGCCACCCGCGCCGCUCAUCACGCACACCGUGCCUUACGUACCCGAACCUAAAAAAUCUAUAGCAGACUACAAUUUUGACAAGUUUGGGUAUCAAACGGACUACCAGGCCACUGCCACUGACCAUUAUCAAGAUAAUAAUUAUAAUACUACUUAUGACGAGGAUGGAAUGCAACCGUUUUUCGAUGAGACGCCUCACGCUACUCCGCCUGCUGCUCAAAAGCCGUGGAGCGAAACGGAUACUCAGUUCCCUUAUGCUGUGAUUAGCGGUGAGGACAAUUUAAUAUCAAAGACUAUGCCGUCGACAAUAUCGUCGUAUUUGCCUCAACCACCUGUGACAACACAACAAGAUACCAGUUACUCGGAAUAUCAAGAUACUUCCUAUCAGCAAUAUGAAGAUACUAGUUAUCAACAAUAUGAAGAGCAACAGUUUAACCAACAGUACAAUAAACAAGAACAAUAUCUUGAUGAGUAUCAAGAUCAGACUGAUUUUCAACAACAAUCUUACGAUUAUCAAUAUCAAUAUCAAGAGGAUCAGCAAAAACAGCAAUAUGGGGAGGAGCUGUAUAAUGACCAGCAAGACUACCAUCAACAAAAUCAGUAUCAGCAGCAACAACAGGAGUUCCAGAAGCAACAACAACAAUUUGAACAACAAAAACAGCACCAGCAACAACAACUUCAAUUGCAGCAACAGCAGAAAUUCCAACAACAGCAACAGCAUUUGCAACAGCAGCAAUUGCAACAGCAACAACAGAAACAGCAACCUGAUCUUUAA